AUGGCUUCCCUGGGCCUGACCCGACGCGAUGCCAAUGUGCUCGACAAGAUUAAGGAUCCUGAAUCCGACCCUUCGACCAAUAUCAUGCUCGACCCGUCCCUGCCUCGCGACCCUCACAUCACCGACACUUCCGUCUACGAACGUGUUAUCCAGAAGGAACGCGAAAUCGUCCUGGCUAUGCAGCACCUCGAACUCCAGUUGGCGGGGUUGAGGCCGAAGACUGUGGCCGAACCAGUGCAGGAGUACAAGGACCUUCUUUCAAAGCUUGACAGCUUCAUUGCAGAGUACCCAAACUACGCCAGUGCGAGAAACAACCGCGUGCAGGCGCUGAGACGGCUGUACGGCGACACAAUGCUGUUGGCAGGAGCGCCUGCUACGCCUCAACGACUCAUCGAGAACCCCCCGUCAGCCGAAUUGACACGACAUGCGACAAUUGCACUAGAAGACACAGAGAAGUCCAUUGGCCUCCUCACGCCGCGCACCAUGUUUGGUGCCAUGUCGCCGCAGGCCGCCAAGACGCUGUCUCUCGCAUACACGCAGCGAGCCGCCAUCUACCACACGACGGCGAAGCUGGUAGAGGAGCACGCGGUGCAGCUCGAUGAAUCCCGACGCGAGGCGAGGUGGACCAAACUCGAGUUCGAGGAGGCAGCAUCGCACGACUUUGCCUACGGCGGGAGGUACGGCAAUGAUAUCGCCAAGGGGUUGGCGGUGAGCACGAACCCGACGGCGAAGCUGUGCGGGCAAAUGGUUCGAGAGGCGAUGAAGAAGGAGUAUGGGCCGUCGUAUGGCGAGUAA